AUGGGAUGGGGCACAGUCAUUGUAUACGGCGUAUGCGCCGGUGCCCUCGGUGUAGCAGCGAUGACCAUGACGGAAAAGAUCGAACAGAUCUUCACAGGACGACCGAACUCAGAGGUGCCCGGGAAGACCCUCGCGAGGCUGAUCAAUGCCACGCCACGAAACGCACAGGAGCUCUGGAACCUCAACAUGGCGAUGCACUACGGCCAGGGCGCCGUGGCCGCCACGUUCCGCGCGCUCGCGAGCUACUACGGCCUCCGCGGGCCGUUUACGGAUUUCAUGUUCACCGGGUUGAGGCUGUUGAUUGACCAGACGCUGGAGAACUGGACGGGAGUGGGGGCGCCGCCUUGGACUUGGCCUGUAGGCGAGCAGGUGGUUGACUUGUUGCACAAGGCUGUCUACGCGUUCGUGACUGGCUACUUGACAGAUCGCUGGAUUUCUUAG